GGGGUUGCGCAGAUUAAUAAAGACUCUGGUUUACACAUACGUUUGGGUGUGUGUAAUUUGGAGAUCUUUGCUCGGGUUAUUUUUUUUUCUCCUGAGGUUCCAUCUCUGACCAAUUUAAUACCAACCUAGUAUUUUUUCCCCUUUCUUAAUUGUUUCCAAAGUAUUUUUAAAAGUCGGUAUUGUAGGAGACAAUUGGUCUUUGUUUCCGUAGUUUUUCCACCUAACCUGGUUUUGCGGCGAGCCUUAGUUUUGCGGUCUCUUAACUAGCUAUCGGGAAUUAUUACAUUAGCAAUGCCGAACUACGACGAGAGAAUGAAGAUAUUUGUCGGUAAUGUGGAUGACAGCACAACGCAGGAGGAGAUCACGGAGCUGUUCGAGCGCUACGGCACUGUAGUGAACUGCGCCGUCAUGAAGCAAUACGCCUUUGUCCACAUGCGCGGCUCGGAGGAGGCGACCAAGGCCGUCGAGGAUCUGAAUGGCCGAGAGCUUAAUGGCAAAAAAAUGUUAGUCGAGCUGUCUAAGCCUCGGCCUCAAAACACUUGGAAAAUAUUCGUGGGGAACGUUAGUUCCUCCUGCGAAGUGUCCGAAAUCCGCAAAAUGUUCGAGGAACACGGGAGGGUGGUGGAAUGUGACAUAGUGAAAGAUUAUGCGUUUGUUCAUAUGACGAGAGAAAGUGAAUCUAGGGCUGCUAUUGAGGCUUUGAAUGGAAAGGAAGUUAAAGGAAAGAGAAUCAAUGUGGAAAUGUCUCAUAAAGUCAGACCAGUGGCUGCUAAUGGUAGUUCCCAUAGUAGACGCCGACCAGAUGAUCGGGAAGCACCACAGAGUCGCGAAUCAUACAACCACAGAAGAGCCACUGAAGCAGCAUAUGCCUCUUAUGCCCUUAAGUCCAAUUAUGAAAGAUAUGCACCAGAAUCCUCUCGCUAUGACCUUUACGAAAGUAGACCUCGUCCAACAUCGCCAAUGUAUUAUGCAAGGGACAGGAGUCCCAUGCGUCGACCAGACUAUGCUUUAUCACAGACUGCUGCUCUAGCAUCAAAGUACCGGUCUGAGGCAGCAGGUUUUGGGAACUUGGCUUCUGGUUAUUCAGGCCAGGCUUCUGCUCUGGCCUCUUCUUACAGUAAUCAGGCUUCUGCAUUGGCUUCUUCCUACAACAAUCAAAGAGCUUACACCAGUUCAGCUUCUGGAUAUGGCACAGAUCAAAUUGCUGCUUACAGCACCCAACCUUCUGCCUACGCUAAUCAAGGUUCCUCCAUCUAUGGUACACAGGCUGCUUCCCUGGCUUCGUCCUAUGGCAGCCAGCCUUCACAUUUGUCUGCUUCCCCUUAUGCGUCAUCUGUAGUGCCCAGCGCUUAUCGGCAGCAGCAGGGCUCUGCCUAUGAGACCACUCAACUUGCCUCUCUUGGUCAACAGACUAUGCCUUCAACCAAUCCGAUGUAUGAACGCACGCGUCUUUCCCCGCCACGGGCUGCUAUAUCUGACAGCUACAAAAAGGCAGCUGACAUUCAAAGGUAUGCUACAGACCGCCGUUUUACCGACUUAUCCGAUUACCGCCGUUUAUCCGAGUUGUCUGCUGCCUACCGCCAAUCUCCGCCCAGGUCUACACUGGAAUAUCGCCGCCCAGAAACUCAGUCUGAUUACGCAUUAAGUGAAUACUUCCGUGCAGCUCAGCUUCAUGCUGGCUACCCCCGCCGUUUAUAAUAUGCGCUCAGUGCUAGCUGUACGUUUAGGUUGUGUACAAAUUGAAUAUCAAAGCAAUCAUAUAGUAUCUUUAGUGUGUUUUAGUUUAUCCAAGCUUCAGUGUUUAUACAAUUUUUAUAAGCCAUGUUAUCUUGCUGAAUACAUUUAUAACCAUUGACUUUAUACAUAGGUACCUGGUUAUUUUUUUUUUUCAUCAAUGUUUGAUUUUCAGUCUCUAUGAGAACCUUCAGUUUUAGUGUGCACCAUUCAUCCACAGGUUACAGGUACAUUUCUACCCUACAUUGUGCUUAUAUAGACAAGUCAAAUUGCAUUAUCAUUCAUUUCCUAUACAAGUAGCGUGCUGUAACAUUCAUCACAAGUUAUGUUCAAGCUUCUUUUUGUAGUCCCCUAAGUGAAGGAUGCUACUUCCUGACCGAUAUUUUACAAAAAUAGUAUCAACAUUCUUUACCUAAUAAACCAUGUAAGGUGUCUUGAAGGGGAAGUUAACCUUUAGGUUGACUUUUGCAUAUAGGUCCCAUUACUGACAUUUGCUGUUUCUAACAUUGCUGGUUUGCUUAAGUUAAAAUAAGUUACACAGGCUUUAAAAAUGCAUGCUGUUAUGUUUUAAACAAUCCAAAUAAAGUACUCAACUGCCUUAUGCCAUGACAUAAGAGAAUCUUUCACUGA